UGUGGAACCAACGCACGCGUUGUAGGGGGAGAAGUGAUAUACGUAACCUCAUACAGGUGAGCUUAAAAUUGCGAGAAUUUUUGAACUGGAUCUCCUAACCAUUUAGAUCACUGAAAAGGGGGAAAUACACCGCUGAAACCCUUUGUGAAGUGACUGAGCGAGCAGAGCACGGUUGGGAUUCUAGGGAGGUUUGAACUUGUUUCUUUGUCACAUUCCUCUCAUCUCCGCCAACAUUGCAGCCCAAAUCACCGAAGUCCUUGUUUAGCAGUAGUAUUCUUCUUGUGGAACGCAGUUGGCUAUAACGAUGCUUCGUGCCUUUGGAUUUAAACGUGACACCACAAUCAGUGACGACGAUGCAGCACCGCUCAUCUUGCAACAGGCCCAUGAUUUUGAACUUGCUCUCCAGGCCAUGGACUACCUCCUAGAUGACCGCACGGAUGAGGGUUUAUUGCUCAUCUCCGGUGAAUCAGACUCGACGAUCAAGACUCUUGCAAACGGUGUGAUCCAUUUCCUCGAGGCCACGCUGGGGUUUGAGCCGGAAGUGAUGCGUAAAGCUGGUGAAGUCUUGGGUAAAGCUGAAACGCUGAGUGCUAGGGACCGUACAAAAUCUCAAAGAAUGAAGUUGAAAACUUCAAAGAACUUCCCUCCUGGUACUGAGUACGCGGUGUGCUAUGCCGAGGCAACACUGCUCAACGCAUUGGUUAUGCUGCUGAGUGAGUCGAUGAUUGAAAGCGCUAAAGCCCUACUCAAGUUGAGAAGAGCCUAUCAGACUUUGGAUGAAUUGUUGGGACUUGUGAAGGAUUUUGACAGAAAGAAGAAAAUGCAAGGAAGAGGUGUUCUCCCACUGAAGAAUGAAAGCACUCCUAGUCUGUCAUCAUCAGCGAGCUCAUAUUCUACGGAUGUCCCAUUCAAUUUGUCGGAUGAUAUGUUGAAAGACGCCCGGUUGGUUGGUAUGGCUGAUAAGGUGCAACAUAUGAGAAUCUCUAGACUUAACGGUUCUCAUAUCGGUAACACACCUGCAAGCGAGAGACUGCGGGUUACUGUUGGUUAUAACUCUGAAAAAGUGUGCGAGUUGGAAGGAACCGAUAGUCUCGAUCAUCAUUACCCUGUUAAUCCAAACUCUGAGAUGAGUACUAUUGAUGAAUACAUCAUUACAGGUACCAAUCUGUGUUUUGGUAUAUUGCAAUUGGUCCUUUCACUCAUUCCACCUGCAAUUGGUAAGGUUUUAUCUGUCGUAGGAUUUAAAGGAUCGAGGGAAAAUGGGUUGAAGAUGAUCUGGGAAUCCGUCCAGGGUAGAAAUAUUCACGGAUGCAUUGGUUUGUUGGCAUUGUUGGUAUUCUACGAUGGACCUUUCCAAUUCACAGACGCAGAUUUUGAUAUCCCAGAUCUAUUCAACAAUGAGCACACGUUAGGUACGAACUUGACCAACGAGGAGAGUGGACUCGAUCUAAAGAAGACGAAAUCUCUGAGAAUUAUGCGUACAGAGAGUCGUGCCUUCCAAGGAUUGGGUAAACCAACAUUGCUACACCCUGGUAAGAAGUUGGAAGAUGCUCUUCUCUACGCAAGGGCACUGUUCCCUCACUCUGCGUUGUGGUUAUUACAAGAAGCUCGUAUGCUUGCAUCCAGAGGUCGUCUCGAAGAGUCUUUACAACUUAUGGAUAGUAUUGAACGUGAUGUGAAGAUGGUGCAAGUUGAAGCACUUCUUGUGUUUGACCGAGUUAUGGUGCUCAUGUUCUUGCACAAGUAUGAAAGAGCUGCACAGGAUAUUCCAAAGUUACUCUCUUUGAACGCUUGGUCCCCAGGUCUGUACACUUACAUUGCGGCCUCGUGUUAUGUUGAACUGUACCGUAUGUGUAAAGCUGGCUUAAUUGAGGAUGGAGAGACAUUGGCAAGAAAGGAUGAAUUUGCCAAAAAAGCCCAAGAGCUGUUGUUGAAAGUCACCGGGUUGGUCAAGAGCGGUAAGAAGACGAUGCCUUUCGACAAGUUCUUAUUGCGUAAGAUGGGUGAAUAUCAGGAGAAUGUCAGACGCUAUAAGGUGGAUCUCAUAGAUGCUAUUGGAACUUCACCAACACACGAGCUGAUGUACUUUUGGAACGGCUAUAACCGUAUGCCUGAAAAGGAUCUUAGACUGGCACAAGUUCUUUUGGACUACAGUGUAUCCGACCACUCUGCUAUUCCAGAGCAUGAAAACCACAGCAUGAUCCGUAGCUUGUUGCAAGCCAUCACACUCCGUCGUUUGGGCAAUAUCGAUGAAGGGCUGGCUAUCUUGGAUAAAAAAGUCAUCAAGAACAUCAUUGUUUUACAACCAAACGUGAGAAAGGAACCGUAUAAGUACAUCCAUCAUACAGAAGAUCCGUGGUUAUACCCUACAGCGAUGUAUGAGAGGGCGCUGUUCGUCUGGAAGCAGAUUGGAGUCGACGGAUUAGAGACCUCGAAGGAAUGGCUGGUAUACGCCCAAGGUUAUGCAGAUGAUUAUGAGUUGAGUACGAGGGUGAGUAUGAAGAUUAAAGCUGCAACUGAUAGAUUGGAAGCACUAUAAAGUGCACAAACGUUUUAUAUCUUUGAUUAUCAUUAUUACUUCUUUUACCAUC